AUGCUACUGCUGAAGUUCCCCACCUCCCAUGGCACGACCACAGUGCGUGGCGACCAACUUGGUGCCCGAAAUUGCUAUAUUUCAGCGGUCAAGUCCACUAAUCGCCAGUAUAGGGGUGAAGCCCUUGCAGUAACCAAGGCUCCAGCCCCUCCUCGAGCUGGCACUCAACGACCUGAGGACCCUAGGGAGGAAUCAAUUACACAGUAA